UUUCCUCCGAGCCAGUCGGAUGCUAGAUGUGGCAGGAGUCGGUUCGUUAUAUUCGGUUCGACUCGGCCCUAAUCGGCUUUCGUCGGGUUACUCGUGCUUUUCACAUACACUCGCACAUUCGUUGCAUUCGCGACCGAUGCUCGAAUACUGUUCGUUGCCACUGUGAAUGUUUCAUGUAAUUUAACACGAAAAACAUUUGAAUAAUCGGACACGCGACUAACGCGUUCCGAGCCGUGUGGAUAGCAUCGAAAAAGAGCAAAAGAGUAAGUGACAGGUCGUUGCACUUGCUCCAUCCAAUCAGUGUCGUCGCUUCGUUGAAUUUCCGUGCGUGAUUUGUGUUUACUGGCCGCGCCUGAAUACCGUUACUUGUGACACUAGCAGACUGUGUGAAAUUUCGUGACUUCUGUCUCUCGCGUUUUUCAUCUCUGCGAUCGAUCUUCGCUUGUCGUGCCCCAGCCAACAUCAAACGCUGUAAUUUCCUUCGAGAUUUUCAAAGUAUAUCGUGGCGAAGACGCGUCCAAAGUAUCAAACAUAUUUGUAAUAAGCCGAGGAACGGUACAGAGUGAUCGUGACAAGAACGGUGCACGAGAGCACGUAGAGCGACCUGUUGUGUCGGGAUAGUCGACAGGAAGACACGUAGAAUUUAGUGCCUGUCGGGACUCGUUGAACGACGCUAACCAGAACGGUGAACAAGUUACGACGCGUCUUGGAAAGUUGAACAUCAAACUCUACACACUCUACAGUCUACAGAGCUCCUAAAGUUAUACAAUUUAAACGUCGAAUUCUUCGCGGCGUAACAGCCGAGAGGCAAGUAAAAGGGAGGACAGGUCGCAGAAAAAUUCCAGCGAUAAUGCGUACAGUGAGCGAAGCGAUGAAACAUCGCGCGAUCAGCUGACUAGCCGAACUGUUUGGCGGUCGUGAGAACUCGACCGGUAACGAGAAUCGGCAGAAGACCGGCAAGAAUCCUAAAAAUCGACAGCAACCUAGAUUACCUACUUGUGCGGUUAUGACGUUUGGAACGCCGUUUCACACCGAGAAGUCGCAGUUCGUUGGCGAUAACCCUGUUCGGCCCAGCACCAUGGCGGCUGAGGAGGGUACGCUGAGUGGCGGACUCGGGGCGAAAUUAAAAUGUCCAACCCCUAUAUCACGCUUGAGGGUGGAGAAGAUCGAGGGCGGUCUCAUGGUAGCUGGGGUUGUAAUAGCUGCGAACUGCCAGAUUGCUCUUCCGGCAUUCGGCUUUCUCUUCAUGCUCGUCGGCGCUGUGCUCACUGCUGCGUCGUAUCGCGGUCCCGGCCAGGAUGAAGACAAGGACUCGUACGCGGCUAGAAUCGCGUUCACGGGCAACUCGCGGAUCCUGGGACCGAUCUGCAUAGUCGUGGGCGCCCUUAUGCUCGCCCUCGGCGUGCUGCUUUGCAUGCUGACUAGAAGGGCGCGAAGAAGGGAGCGCAGGGUUGGCUUCCAUUGUCCUCUGCAUGGCGAUUUUUACCCUCUGAGUCCUGUUCAGGGCGUCAAGAUGCUUGGCUUGUCGGGCAACGAUGUUAGCGGUUGGUCGAAAAUCCCCUGCCUAAAGGGACGUUCCUCCAGCAAAGGUGGAAACGCAUCUUCCGGUGCACAUGGCGGUCCGCCACAAUGUCCACAUUCUGUGUUAAGCAGCACUCGUAGUUCAGUCAGCAGUUCGCCAUUGAGCCCAUGCCCAACACCUAUGCCAUUUUUGGUCACCUCGGGCUCGGUUAGUGGAAUACGAGGCUGCCAACAUGAUUGUGCUAUAAAAGAUCUUUUAUUAACCGAUACGACCAAUAGCGGGAUGGUGCAAAGUGUUGGUGCCAAUUUAUCUCCGGACCAAACAUUCGGAUCGAUUCGAUCGCUGUCGGUGACGAGGGAAGUCGCCAGUUUUCCUCUAUCAAGAACGCCUACACCGCCUCCGCAACGCAGAACGGCCACGUUGACGAGCGCAGAGGACCUAGCGAGUGUAGGAAGCCCGCUGAGGGAAGCUUCGCCGCGGCCGGAAGUGCGAGUGGUCGCUCCAUCGCACCGACCGCCUCCCGCCCUCGCCACGGUCAACAACACGAACAACGCCAGUAACGGAUCUGCGAAUCGCAAAUCGGUCAGCAUACUGCUGCCCGAGCAGUCAAGUGGAUGACCCGAACAGCAACACGGCUUUGUGCAUCGUUGCGACAAGGAGCCGCCAUCGAUUUAGGAAUCCAGCAAAAGAAAAGCGGCCGCUACGGCAACGAAGAGAAAGGCGGAAGCAACGAUGACGAGGCUCGAUUGCGCGACGAACACCCGGCAUCCGAGAUUUGUCGGACGAUCGUGGUGCUCGAGUUUCGAAAGCGGCGAACAUCGGUCACGGCGUGGUGCCCGCUUGCAGCCAGAUCUGGCUGCCACGCCGUGACGAUGAUCGCGCGCAAUUACCACGGCCAUUCGUUCUUGGCAGUCAGAUCUCUGUCGCGAGCAAGGGGUUCGGCGAUAUCAGACUCCGCGGCUGUGUGAAUUAAAACGGAGUAGACGGCCGGACGAGCUAAAUUAAUUCGCGUUAUUGGCAAACGUUCGAUCAUCGGCAUCGCCCCGCCAGCCCAAAUUGCUGGAUAAUUCACGCUGCCGGCGUGAUAGCCGAGACAACGACAAUUUGUCCAACCGUAGUCGCUUUCAAACUGCUACUAGUUCGUUUGUUUUAUGUCUCGUAAAUCGGCCCGUCUUCCUUCUUUUUCUUUUUUCUCCCUUUCGUUUCUUUCGGUUCGAGCCAGCACAGCGCUGCUAUUUUUGUCGCAUCGUGAAGACCACGCGGGGAAACAUGAUGAGUCGAUUCGAAGGGCGCUUGUAAGUGGCAAAGAUUCGAGAAUCUUGACUUUUUAGUGGAAUACGUUGCGCGUACUAAUGAAAACACUGCGGUGUGCAGUUUAAGCGCAAAUUGGUUCAUUGUUUCUUGGUGUAUGACGGUUAUUCAAUCGAUGAAAUUGAGUUUGCUUUAUAACUGAAAGGAGGAGCACAUCGAAUUUCGAUUAAAUUAAUGCAUAAAGUUUCUUCUCCUCUUUGAAAGACUUGUUUCUUGCCACCCGCAGUGUCUUCUACAAGCGCUCUUCAAUUUUUCUUACUUUCCUGUUACGUCGUUUGACCAUACAAAACAGUUGAAAAACAGGUAGCCUGCAAGAUUCGAAGAUGCAAGUCUUCCGAAGAUAGAAAAUAAAUCUUAGUUUAACUUGUUUGAUAUCAGUCUUUUUCAAAUGCUUAUUUUUUAAAUGCUCAGGAAGAUAAGAAAAAGUCGUAUUUAAUUCUAAAAUCAAAUAUGAAACUGAUCGACAACGUGUUGAAUUAAAGAAUUUCUCUUCUAUAACAGACUUAUCAUGUUUCUCACCUGUGGCCUUUACGCGUAUACGUGUUACGAAGGAGAAGCGUAUCGAAUUGCGAGGAUUCUUAUCAAAAUCUGACCCACAAGAUGCGUCUACCUUCUUUGAAAAAGCGAGACGAUUAACAAUUUGCGGAGGCGCAACGCGUUAAAUGCUAUGUCGUUGCCAACAUUUCUGUAGCUGGAACGCUUUGUAGCGUCGUGUCUCUUGGCGAGACGUAAUUUGUUAAACCUCGCGUGAUUGAACACCGUAUAAAUUUAAAAAACACGAUCAUAUCAUAUGAGACACUAACGCGGACCUCUUUGCAUCUUGUUCCCUUGGAAAAGUAAUUUUUUCUCCGAGUUACGUCUCAAGCUGGCUCUUCGAAGGUGGAAGGUAGACGAAUAAAUGGGACAAACAAGAAAUUCCGACUACUCGACAGCGCGACACGCAAAAGUCAGAUUCCCUGUGUUCAGAGUAAUCUGCGUUCAUCGAUCGUCCAAUUUUAAUUCUUUCACAGUGUAAGAACACGACGAAGAGUCCCAAAUUUCAAACCUAGACAGCUUUUUCAUUAGAUAAUUAACGUUAAGCAAAGCGCGUGUUCGGCUUCUGGCCGAUGUUGACGCGUCCCGAGGAUUUUUCAUUUUUACGCUUUUACAACGAAACUUUUUGAACUCAAGAUUGUACCUAAAGAUUUGUAAAUUUAUUUACGUAGCGUACUGUAUCGAUGCAAACGAUACGACAAGCAAUUUUCACAUUUCUGUCUUCGAUAUCGUCAAAGUACACAGAGUUCAGAUACGACACUGUAUGCCGAAAAAUGUAUCUGCCAGCUUGUCGACGUUUACAUUGUGAAAGGGUUAAGUUGGCCCUAUCGAUCGAAAGAAACUCGCGCGAUAUUUCGAAAGAUUCCUCACUCGGAAGACUCUCGUUUCAAGCCAAGCGAGAAACCGAAUCGGCGAUUCUUUGCGCGAAAGUCUACGGAAGCUUCGAAACGGCGGUCUUCAAGAACAGGAAUUGAGAUCGCGGCCGAAUGGGUAGGAUUUCGUCGAGAUCGAUCGCCUGUCGUUAGCAUCGACGCGUUGAUCCUUCGGCUACGUCUUCGCUGAAGCAACGACGAGGACCUGUCGUAUGUUUGUGGAAGAUGUGGCGCUCGUUGUCCAAUGUCUCUGUUUGUCAGUGACGAGAGUUGCUGCUUGUUGCCCAUUUCCAAUCGCGGCAGUAAAGAUCAGAGGGAAAAUAAGAAACGCGUAGCAACACGCGGCGACGAAAGCGACCAUUUCUUCGGCGUGGAUAACGUGAUUCCACCAGUUGACGUUCGUUGGUGAUUAUUUGGAACACGCAGCAACAGACAACGGGAGGUUCCUCGUUGUGUCGCUUAGGCGAAGGCGUGGCUUUUGGCUUUGGACCUAAGCAUACAACGCAUAAACUUUGCCUUCGUUCUGUUUGUAAUUUGUAACGAACAAUUGCACGAUGUUUGCGUAACGCUGUACGUAGAAUCGCUUCGGAUAUCCCUCGCUUUCCUCGUUGAAUUUCACGGCGAUGAUUCGGAUAAUCGGCUGAUCCGAUCAGUGCGAAACCUUUCAUUUGUAAUCGCUUGUAACGCUUCUCGAAGACGAUGGCGAGUAAGAAUUCAAACGUGUAGUUUAAGUUUCUAAAGCCAGUAUUAAUGGAUCGUUGGUAGAUUUCCGCGUCGCUACGAAGACGAAGAAUCGAGCGGUUUAAAUGUUCAAGCUCACUGACAAUCUACCGGACGAGUAUCUGAAUCAGUUUGUUUUCGUGUUCGAUUGCACGCCGAGACAAGAAUACGAGAAACUGGGAUAUGUUCGCAGAAAGAUCGCAAAAUUGUCGAGAAGCCAGAUACAAUGUCGAAACGAAUUACUCUUCUGUUCGAGUCGAACGAUUUUAACACUAGAAUUCCCAGAGUGGCGAAAAUGACCAAUUUACGAUCCUUUAGAAAUAAUUCUGUAGAUUGGCGAAGCAGUAGUUUUGGAAUUUCGAAUGAUUCUUUGUAAAAUAUAUGGACAAAGUGGCCUUUUGCCUCCAAUUGUGUACAAUUUUCUAUAUCUGUUACUUUCGCUCCUUUGGUACAGGUCUCAUAUUUGAUCGCGGGUUGUUCUAGUGUUAAAGAAUUCGAAGUACGAUGGACGUGAUACUGUCGAAUGUACUCAACGUUUCCCCAUCAGAACUUUAGAUACGACAAUCAAUGAACCCCGAGGAAUCAUUCGCAACGAAUUGAUCCGUUCUUCGUUGCGGCCACUAGAUUGGCCAUGUGCUUUUGAAAAAGAGCGGCGGGAAAGUUGCGCGAGAUUAGGGAAAAAAGAGAUUUCGAGAAACCGAAGGAAAUCCAUGCUUAUACAUUCGCAAAGAAACAUCGACUGCUAUUCGACUGUAUGUAAACUUAUAAAUGUCAUUCCACUGUUGCUGCAGCAAGUUGCGUCGAAGAUGAGAAAUCAAUUUUACACGGUGCAUUCGUGAUUUACUUAGAAUAGUUGAACGUUUCACGACGAUAGAAGAAUAUUGUUCCCCGUUUGUUUCAGCAUCGGUAUAAUAAACGUUCUUACGUGUGUAAGGAUAAUAAUCGAGUCGUUGCGCCGAUAUGACUCGCACGUCAUCGUCCAACAUGCGUCUACGGAAAAGCAUGAGGCGAACGAAACGUGCUCAGAAAUUAGAUUAAAAAAAAAAAAAAGAAGAUAAAAAGAAGAAUGAACAUCAGCAAAGGUAUAGACAAAGAUAGUGAAACGACGGAGGAAGAACGUUUCAAACUCUUUUGUUUGUCACAUUUUAGAUAAAUUAACGAAUUUCACCAUCUUGAUAAGAUCUAGCGCUAUCUCUGCCCACGAUAAUACACCACACAUACACACACACACACACAUACAAAUAACGCUUAGGUGAAAUUAAUCGAGAAAAUGAGACUCUUAGGAUUCGUUGAAAGAUCCCUUCGAUGGUGCUUCGUGGAUUAGUGCUUUGAUGAAAAAUUAAAUCGAGGACACAUGGUUGGACGACUAAUUCGAGUAGGAAAUUAUCGUGGGCCCUAAUUACACGUAUAGUCUUUAAGAUUCUAGACUUAAGAUAACGCAUACGAGUCGCUCACGAUUCGCCUGUCUGCUCGGUGGCUGCGAUCAGCUGCAAACUGCUAAGAAAUUAGCUCGACCGAUCGCCUAAGUUUUAGCUUCGUUCGCAUCACCAGACCAGCAGCACGUUCUCUCGAUUCGCCGAAACUUACGGUCGGAACCAUCGUUCGACUCGAUAUUCAGCUUUUAAUCGCCAAAGGGCAAUUGGAACCGCGACCGAGCAGGCACCAGCAGAUUUUAAAUAAGACUCUAGUCCUGUAAAUACGUAGCUAGACGAAACGUGAAACGAGAAAACGAUCGGCGGAACUGUUGGCCUGAGAACAUAAUCUUGAGACACGAAGUGUAAAAUGUUUGUGGUUCGCAUGGAGAUUAAGCCGUCACUUUGUAUCCGGAAUUUUGCAAAACAAGCUAUUCCACUCUGGCGACUGAUCGCAACCGUUUCGUCGAAUGACGAGGUUCGUAAGCGAGGAAGGCAAUUUCGAAGACCGAAAUUUCGCUCGAUCAACCGAACAAAAUAUAAAUAUAAAAUGGAAGAAUCAUAAUUUGAGAAUGCUUGCAACUGCAGAGGAGUGCGUAAUAUUUAAAAUCCAAAAUCGACUUUUUACAGUAAAAUCUAUAAUUUCAUAUUUUCCAAUAUAAUUUCAUUACUUUUGUCGGGUCCCACUUUGUGCGAGCAUGUACGUCAUCUACUGAUUCUUCUAAUUCAACUACGUUGGUUUCUACGUGCAAGUGAAUUAAGUUUAUCGACUCUGCAACCGCGGGCGAUUUUCCGAAUUUCCCUUACAGAACCGCGAACGAACUUUUGGUCUAUGCUGUAUUUCAGUCCAUAUCUUCUCUAGUUUAUCGUAUGAAAAUGUUCAAUGGUAUACAAAAAUAAUGUCUUUUUCUUUUUCUUCCAUUCUGCGUAUCAAAGAUCCCGCCACGAGAUGUAAAUGCCCCGAACGAGAGUUUAUCUCUUGCACCAGAAGCGUUAUUCCAUAAAAUACACGGGUCUGUUGCGAGAAAUCUAAUUCUUAAAGACAUAGUCGACGAGAUAUAACGACUCCGUACGUUCAAAUACGAAACACGAUUGAACCCAGGUGAAGUAUCGUAUAGCAUUGCUCGGCUGUUGCACAAACUCAAAGCAACACGAUGAUCGCGCAAAUGAGCGAAACGCGUGGAGCGCGAUUUCCACGUCGCCCGCGGUUGGACAGUCGAACACGCUCGUAAACAGAUACAUUUUCCAUCGAAAAUACAUCUCCAUGCUGUCGUACAUAUAUCGUUGCUCAAGAACAAGAGAAAAGAAAGAAAGGAAAACAAAACAAGCUGAUACAUUCGAGUGGCCCGAGAAGAUCAAAGCUGCUUUACCAACUGCAUUUAAUCCCGCGCAGAUCGUGCAGAAUCCGGCCGCUAGCCACAAACAUGUUACGGAAGAGGAAGAACACUGGUUUCUGAUAUAUCCGACAAUAUAUUUACAUUAAUCGUAACGGUCUAGUACACGUUCUCGUAUGUAGCUCGCUGUAUGGCGAUUGUUCAUGCACCCGUAGGGAAGACUGGCGAGAGGAAGAGACGAUCGUGCGCAAAGUGGCGCAAAGCGGAGACGAUCCGGCGCGAAGGAGCCGCGUACCAAACGGAUGAUAUCGGUGAUCGACCUAAAAUUGGUCUGCGAGCGGAUAGGAAGAGACGAACGAGAGAAAGAAGGAAUGGAAGAAAGAAAGGAAAGAGGUCGAGGUUCAUCGUGUUACAUUCAGCGAGGCAAGCGCGCUUGUUCGUGCGGAAUAGCGUGUGCCAAAAGAUGCGUAGAAUUCUUGUUUAGCGAUACGCAAAGCUCGCGAGACGUUCUCGGUCUCCGAUGCGCUUUCGAUCAUUCGAUCGAACGACACGAAUUGCGACCGAAAUGAUGAUGAUCAAUGAUUCGAAAGAACGGAAGAGAACACCUUGUUGCUAAUUAUUUAAGAAUUAUUCCUCGUCGAAGAUAUGUCGCACACACACACACACACACACAUACACACACACAUGUAUAGACGCGUGGCGUGUUUGGAAACGCGCGACACGGCCAUCCUCGUUAUCAUCGAAUCGAAGAAGCUUGGCUGAUGAAACGUAUGCUCAAUACGCGAGUCGAAUCGAUGCAUUCCUUUCUUCCGGGGCCGAGACGAAGCAUACGGAAGAUCACGACGCGCCUGCACGCGUCUACCUAACGUAACUUAGGCGAACGGAUUUCGUUCUUUGCGGAUUUAAAAGGACUAAACGACGAGACGAGACGUUCUCAUUGCCCCCACCCUUCUUUUUGUUUCUGUUUCUAGAGAGCGAGAGAGAGAGCGAGAGAGAGAGAGAGAGAAGAAAAAUAAAAAAAGAAAGAAAAAGAAAUAUUGUGAUAGAAAAAAAAGCGUAGUAACUUAAGGCGUUAUUAGUUAUGAUUUUAAGCGAUUAAUUAAACUACCAUUUAAGGACGCGAAGAGAGUGAAGCAACGCAGGAAACAUCGGCCAAAAACAUCGGCGAUCCGCGCGAGGAUCGCGAUCGAUAAGCUGAACGCUCUUAUCGCGCCUCCAGAUGUCCGUGGCAGCGAUCACCCAAUCUGAACUUGUUAACGAUCCUAUAUCAGUCGCAUGCACGCGAUAUUCGCGCGAAGCUAAUUAUUAAUUGCGAUCUCUGUUCAAAUAUCGGUUUUAUAGCUGUCGAUGAAAGAGGCUGAUUAAACGAUACGAUGGAAUUACAUAUACAAUGUACGUAUUCAUAUAUACGGUAGAUGUACGAUUAUACUUUACAUGUAACGCCGGUGGAAACUGUCCCUUUUAACCCGACCCUAAGCCCGAUUUUCCGCAUGCGUCAUUCCGAUUGUUCUUCGUGCAAGUCGUUCCUUCUAUUCUUUUUCUUUCGAAAUUCAGCGCGACCGCGAUGUUGCUUCAAUUCCCAUCGUCCAAUGUUUCAAGCGACUGGUGGACAAAGCGAUUUCAAAAGAUCUGUCCGUCGUUCGGCGUCAGCUUCCCAAGCCCUGUGAAACAGCGAGGUGAAAUCUCCUAACUUCGAGAUCGAGGAGCGCUCGUAGAAAACACCGUAGGUAGCAGAAGAAUUGAAGAAUUUUAAUUUCUUAUUCGAACAUGUUCUACGUUCCAAUGAAGACACUGCAGUAUGACAUUUGAAUGGAAUUUCGCGCUCUAAAUGGUUAUCGACGGUGCUGGAACGCUACAGAGGAAAAUGUGAAUGCUGAUGGACGUCAGUUAAUCGUUUUUUAACUUCCGUCUGUGGCAUUCAGCUUUCUUCGCACCUAAGAGAUAUAUUUCCCUUUUUCAUAAAUUUUCAUAAAUUAAAAUUGCAUUUUUCAUAAAUUACAUCAAUGCAUAGAUUCUGCGUUUCAGCCUCGCUCGUGGUAUUUUUUACAGGCGCUUUUCGAUCGAUUGAAAGUGAAAUCGCGUGACGUUUGUUACGGUGGGAGGUUCUCAAACGUUUUGAAGAACAUUUUACAAUUUCAACGCUGUUACGCCUUUUCAGAGUGGUUUUUCCACUCCACUUUGUCAUCCUAUAGUUAACGUAUCUCGUAGCUUUAAGGAAGAUAUUAGAAAAUUAUCGUUGACGUGUGUAAUUUCCCGUUUCAAUGCUACGUGAAAGGUUUUCUUAAAACGUUCGAAACGGACUUGCUACGCGAGAGUUCGUUCAGAAACUUUUCACUUUUUUAUUCGUCGACGUAGAUCCGUUCGAAGUGUCGAAGCUUCGAAACCGAGGUCUUCGAUGAUUUUUAAUUAGGAUAAAAAGUAACUCGAGAUACGAGCGCUAGCCUAAUGAGACGACUAAGAUUUCACGAGAAUUAUAAUUGCAAAAUAUAUUUAUACGGACAGGUGAAUAAACUGUUCGUUAAUAGCGUGGCAAAAUGAAACUUCAACUUAUUAAUUGGGGGUUACAGAUGGUAAAAAAAUGUUAUAUCGCGCGUUCAUAGUAAUUACAUUUAUCGAUGAUAUUCUACUCUGUACUUGUUAGAAAAUAUCGUGAAGUUCUAGGAAUCUCGAUCGUCGUUGUAAUUUCAAGAUAUUCGAGGUGAACGAGUUCGAGAAAAGAGAUCGUGGUAUUCGUAAAAGUAAUUUCUUAAUAGCCAUUCCUCGUAAUUUAUCGCGGGAGCAUUGACCAAUAAUCAGUUCGGAGAAAUUACGUCUCUAAUGACUUCAAUUAUGGCCAUUUGUCAGACAUAUGCAAUCUUUCGCGUUCGCCACUUAAACAAGAAUGUCAAAGGAACGUUUGACUUGAGAAUGCCGGGAAAUUUAUUUGAUCUCGAAUUCGCUGGCGGUCAUUUCCAAUUAGAAUCUUCGUUCUUCCGCGAUGUUAACGGGCAAACGUUGUUUUCUCAAUCGUUAACAACACUAUGAAAAUUUUACACGCGAAUCGGUGUCGAUACAUAAUUGGCUGAAAUAACAUUUCAUUUAAACAAACUAACGGUUACACGACAAAAACAAGCGAUUGUCACAAAUGAUUGCAAAGAUAAUUUCUCUUAAUAGUUCCCUAAGAAGUAUACAGAUAUCAUACAAUUUUGUACACAUUCUAUUCCAAUAAGCGGGUAAAAAUAAAAAAGAUCAUCGAAUAUUUUAGAAGACCUAGACUAAGAACAUCAAAGUACCAAAAAAUAAAAAGAAAGCAAACAACACAAAGCAAACACAGUCAAAAUGACCGUAUCCGAGGACCUAUCGUUGUAUCAGUCUGCCCAUUAGCAGCACACGAUACUAAGCAGAAAAUUCGAAAUGGCGAACGACGCGUUGUCAUCGUUCCAAAAAGAAAAAAAAAAAAAGAAAUAGUCCAAGAUAAAUAUUAAAUGGGUAACAAAACACAAUGAAAAUAACCAACGCUAAAUUAUUCGUAAAGAAGGUGCUGCCGAAAAAUGCUUGCGUAUCGAGUAUAUAUGUAUAGUUUGCGAAUCGAUCUUUUGAAAUCUAUUUGUAUGGAAAUCAGUAGUGGCGAUUUUCGUGGCCAGAGUCGAUCGAUCGUUGUCGAGGAACCGAGGACUUCCGUUUGGAUCGAAGAUACGACGAAACGAUCCCCCGUUCUCCACAACUCCAGCCCCGUUUCUAGUGUACGUAAAUAAUGUUACAACGGCCGUACGUAGACCUUCUCUCGACGAUCACGCAAUCAAUAACCGAUAUAGAGAGCGCUAUAACGAUUUUUUAUAUCGACAGCGGUUACUACUGUUUUCCACGGUUCUUUUUUAUACCAAGUAGAUGGAAGUAGCGGUGUAAUACGAUACGGCCUACUUUUCCACGAGCGUACAGUUGCUAAGGUGAACUGAGCAUCGCGAAAAAGGGAUACCUUUCUGAUUGUGAAUUCGGUCGUAAACGGAGGCAUCUCCAACAGGGGCACCUCUAUUUCCUCUUCCUUUUAUCGAUCGUCAACCCUCGACUACGGACCAUCCACCUGCCAUCCGAAUCUGAAUUUUCCUUUUCGUUAUCGCGAUUCACAGUGCAGACUUUUACAAUCUCGUUUGACGAUGGUUCGAUUACGUUUGAUCGUAAAAAUAUUGACAAAUUUACAUAUACAAAGCAAUUACACGUAUAUUAGGUUUUUAUAUUUAAAUUUGAUAAUUAAAUACAUCUGCAUUUUUUGCUUGAGGUUGUUUUGCGAAAAACGCGGACGAAGUUUGUAGUCGAUGGUUGAUUGAUUGAUCGAUCCAGCGAACGUUUUGUAAAUCCAAGACGCAUGAUCUUACGUUAUAAUUCCCCCUAAAUGUAUGGAUCAGUUAUGAAAGUCCACCUAGCCUAGUUUGUACGCCUGUUGCGAUUAUUAUUCUUAUUCUUCUUCUUAUUAUUAUCAUUAUUAUUAUAUGAUUAUCGUUAACGUUAAUAAUCAGUGUCGUUCUACUGCUAUUAUUCUUAUCAUUACGUUUAAUUACUUCUAUUGCUACGAUUAUUGUUACUCGUCGUUAUUACCACUGUCAUCGCCACGAUCGAAUUAAAAGGAAAAAAUAAAUAAAUAAAUAAAUAAAUAAAGGUAAAAAAUAGUAUGCCCUAUACUCGGUAUCUGUGUCGAAAAGACCUAUGCAUAUAUUAAUGGUUAUCGCUAUAUAUGACUAAAAGCUCCAGUACAGUAAGGAACAUAAACAGUACACUCCUCCCUCGCCCCCACACUGAUAAUAAAGAAAAUUGACGUCGUUCGAUGAAUCCAUAGUAAAACGAGUAAAAUAAGCGUCCACGGCAAUUUGAUCGUUCGAAUAUCGUGAAAAACAUUUGAACAAAAAAAGAAAGAAGAGAAAAGGGAAAACAGAAAGAAGAGAACAUCCGACGAAUUGUUUACACCCUGGCUCGACGACGAAUCGUCGUUCAUCGAGUCUUUCGCGUAAUACUAUGGACGACGUCGUUCUCACAGAAAUUUUGUACGUAUAUUAUAGCCUCCACUUUCGUUUCCAGCGAGAAAUAAAGAAGAAAUAAAUGAAUAAAACGAAACACCGAUGCGAGUAUGUACUUGAGAAAACUUGAGAGACAGAGAAAAAGAGCGAGAGAGCGAGAGUGUGAGAAAGCGAGCGAGCGAAGGAAACAGACUCAUUUAAAGCAUAGAGAACGUGUAUGCUACACGUUCGGAUGUGCGAUGGUGAGGAAGAUCGAUGAAAAGCAUUGUAUUCAUCCCCGACACACAACUAUUUAUUUGUACAUUAUUUUACCGAAUAAACGUGCAUCUUUUGCAUCCUUAAA